ACAUGGAGAAACUAACGCAAACUUGAAUCAUAUUUUACAAGGACAUAUGGAUUCAGAGUUAAAUAAAACUGGAAAAGAACAAGCAGAGAUAGUUGGACGACGGUUACGUAAAAUGAAAUUUGAUCAUAUUUACACUAGCGAUUUGUCCCGAGCAAAGAAAACAGCAGAAGCCAUCGUUAAACAUCAUCCGGACACGCCAUUCACUGAAGAUUUUCGACUUCGAGAACACGAUAUAGGAAAACUUAGUGGAAAGUCGAUUCAAGAUGCCUUAAAUUUAGUUAAAGAGGAAGGCGCUACAUGGGGUGAUUAUGGUGAACCUGAUCAAGAUUUUAAAGCCAGGGUGGUCGACUUCUUCAAUGAUAUAAUUACAACA